CGGCGGGCCGGAAACAUGGAAACUCGAAACGAAAAAUUGCAGCUGAAUGCGAGAACAAUAGAGGCCACGCCGGGAUCAAAAACAGGUGCGCGUGUUGAGUUUCCUUCGUCGCUUGGUGCUGUGCCAAGUCCCGCCCGCAGACUGCCCCCACCGCCCCCUCGGCGCCCCCUCCAACCCCUCCGGCCUGAAAUAGCUCCUGGGCCGACCGGGAGCGAAAAUGCUCACCUCGAAUUGCCGACCAGCCCUUUGAUCACUCCAGCGCAAAAGAACAACAUGGAAGUCUCACUGACGAGCGCAGGCGAGGGCAAGGUUGUUGCCCACGAAGAGUCCUCUUCCUCCGAAGCGUCCUCCGCGUCAAAGGUGGUUGAGGAGCAUGGCGUGAAAACUAAAAUUCAGGAGAGCUCCCAGAAGGAAGAGCACUCGCUGAUGGAGCAGCGCGUGUCCGAGAACGUGUCCUCGUCGACCAAAAUGUCUGUGCAGAGUUUCUCGUCGGUCAGCCAGAGCGUGUCGUCGUCCACGUCGAUCAGCUCGUCUAGCACGACCUCGUCGUCCAUCCAGAUGUCCGAGGAGGCCGCGAAAUUGCUCCAGUCCGCCGAGGAGCAGAAAAAGGCCAGGGAGGCGCCACUAGACAACAAUGGCAACCAAGUUGACCAACAGAAACAGACAAACGGCGCCGAGUGCAACGGUGUGCAGGAAAUUCAACAAGAGAGCAUAAGAAACACAUUGCACGAAAUCAUCAAUGAAAUAGAAACAGAAACGUCCAGAGAGGGAAAUAAGGAAAACCAACAAACACAGGGUCAGCAGAAUGGUGGAACGACACAAACAAACGAGCAGCAACCAAAUGAAGAGCAAGAUGAAGCCUACGUGCCAAAAAAGAUCGAUCUGGAGAAGCUGUUCACGCCUGCCAGCGACUCUGGCGAAAUCACACCCCAGCAGAGAAAUCGCAAACUGUUUUCGUCGUCGAGCUUCUACGCAGCGUGUCACCCGACGGUGCAGGAGCAGGUGCAGCUGGCGCACCGAAUCUCAGCCAGCCUGUACGACUCGUCUAACCAGCAGAGCAAAGGACACUCGAUGUACGUCAACAGAAUGAAAAGAUCCGUCAAGUGGGUCCACGAAUCUCAGGGACAGAGUGAAGAUGCUAGCGGAAGGGGAGAAGGCCAGAGGCCGGCUACCCCCACCACGGCAGACGUCAUGGGCAACUUCCAGAUUCCUCCCAAGGAGAUGAAUUUGAGCCUCGUCAUGAAUCCGCACGGCCAAAUUCACGACAUUAACAGUCUACGCAAGCAGGGAUUGAAAAUCGAGCCCACCCAGAUGAAUCCCGAAGUGUGUUUCGAUCUAGUCAAAGAUCUCAAUUCUCCCUGUGGAAAAGGAGCUGAAUUAUUCGCGAAACGACGCAAGAGGGCCGAGAAGUGGGUGGUUGACGAAAGCAAUGUGCAGAAGCAGCUCCAAGAGGCUCAGGUUGCAGCAUCGGCGGCGAGAGCGAGCCCAAAACUGCCCCCACCCUCGGUCAUCGACCAGAGCCGAGUUCAACGAGAGCGAGAAAUGGCUCAGAUUCAGGAAAAAUAUGUGCAGCCAAGAUUAAAAAUGGUUCAAAGCCCGUGGGAGGCAGCCUUGCAAACAGGAUCGGUCAACAACGCGUUCCAGGAAAUCAAGAGGCAACCCCCUUCACACCAGCAGGUCGUCGACACAGUCGUUCAGCGGGCGUCUGAGCAGCAGACGACCACCCUGAGCACGUCGACCCAGAGCCAGCAGCAGAUGACCUUCCAAAGCAACACGCUGCCCCCGCAGACACGCGCGUACCAGACGGCGUCGCCGGUGCCGCCGCGCGCCUACGCUCCCUCGCCUACCCCGCCGUCCGGUCUCACCUAUUCCCAGCAGUUCAGUCAGACCCCGCAACCAUCGCCGGCCUUCAAGCAGCCCCUCCCGCCGACCCCCAAGACCCCGUACAACCCUCCGCCGGCGCUCACGUCCAGGGUGAACGUGGACGCCCUGCUAAAGCCGAGGUUGCCCAGGGCGUGGGACCCCAAUGCUUUCAACUCAUUGCCGAGAAAUUUUGGAUCUACCGUGGCUCCGAUUCCCAGAGUUGCAGCAGCGCAACCUGAGAGACAACCGGUGCAAGCAGCUUUUGUUAGCCAGCAGGAACCCGCAGCCUUUAACCCCCCUACUCCUCCUUUCCAGCCUCAAACAAACGAAAUCCCCGUUGCACCACAAACUUACACUUUCUCUCCAAUUCCGAGCGCGCCAGCCCCCCGUCCCUUCACGCCACAAACACUGCCACAGCAGGUCGCACCGCCGCAGUCCGAGUUGGAGAUCAGGAAACGCAUGGAGGAGAUUAAGACCGAGAUCGCCGUCAAAGCCGAGCAGUUCCACAUCAAGAAGGAAGAGUCCUCCACGACCGUCGUCUCCCAGCAUCAGGAGUUCGUCCAACAGGAGGUCGUGCAGGAGCAGCAGGUGGUAGUCCAGGAGAGUACGACUGUAACUUCGAGCGAACAGGCUUUCACCGAGUCUUCAGAAGUCACGACGGCUCAGGAGGUCGUGCAGCAGACCGUUGAAGAGCCACCCAAAGACAUUCCCGUUCAAGAAGCAGCCUCGGUUGCUGAGGCUUCUGCUCCUGUUCCCGAGCCGGAAGCCCAGCAAGUGCCGCCUCCAACUGAGCAGGUGGCGCCUCCGGCCGAGCAGACGCAGCCAGAACAAGUUUUGGAACCCGCACCGGCUCCAGAGCCAGUGCAAGUUCCAGAGCCCGCUCAGAUCCCUGAGCCGGCUCAAAUUCCGGAGCCAGCACAGGAGGUUCAAGAGCAAGGCCAGGUUCCAGAGCCAGCCCCUCUUGAGCAGCUCGACCAGCCGGCUGAGGGAGAGGCUCCAUUCACGGGAGUGGAGAAGCUAGAGGAGAUCAUUCGACAGGAAUCGCAAAUGCAGCAGUUCCAGCAGGAGAGCGUCAGCUACAGCAAACAAUCGUACAGCAGCCAGCAGGAAACGGUCAGCCAGCAGCAGAUCGAGCAGUUUGAGCAGCAAAGGCAGCAGGCGUUCGAGCAGCAGAGCCAGCACCACUUCGCCAGUCAGCAGCUGCUCCAGAGCCAAGUGCUGGCUCAGCAGCAUACCACGGAAUCGUUGGUGCAGCAGCAACUGGAGGUCGAAGAGUACGAGAAGAUCCCCGUGAAGCAGCUGAUCCAGACGUUCGACCCCAACCACGUGUACCAGCCGAAACCGAUCAAGAAGCCAGAGAAGGUUGUUCCGCCAACCGACGAGCUGCCCGACUUCCUGCACGCGCAGCAGCCGACCAACUUCUCGAUUCAGUACUCGCAGCCCCAAGGAAUCUACUUUGUCGCUGAUACGUGCUGUGAAACGAGGCAAUUCUUCGAGGAGGAGCAGCACCUUCAGCAGCAACAGCAGUACGCUUAUGAGCAGCAGCAAGCUUACGAGCAGCAGCAGCAAUUUAUAUACGAGCAGCAGAUGCAGAACUACCAGUACCAGCAGAGCCUCCAACAGCAGCAGCAGCAGCACCAGUACCAAUACCAGCAACAGUCGCUGGAAGCCUACAAGAUCGAGGCCUCCUCUUCGUCCAGCCAGCAGCAGGAGUCGCAACUGCAGUACGAAUAUCAACAGCAGCAGCAACACGAGCAAACACAAAAUACACAAUACCAAACCUUUUCCCAAGCCAAAGCCAUUAUUAACCAUAUCGAGCAGCAAACGCGGCAGCAAUCCGCUUUGCAACAGAAAGGCUUGCAAAGUGGAUCCGAGGCCAGCAACGUCGUCGCCGUCGAGGAAGUGGCUCAAUCGAGUAGCGAAUCAGCAGAGCGCAUUCGGCAGCAAAUCCAAUCUGGUAACAAUUACAACACGGCGGCCAGAGGUUGGGGAAAACAAUUCGAUUUUUAUCGCCCUGUCACGUUCAACGCAAAGUCCGUAAUUGCCUAGAGUUUAAAUUGUUAAGCUUUCCUAUUUGUACGUUUGUAAGGGAUUGAAUUAGUUUCUUCACAUUUCUAUACUGCGAUGAAAAAAAUUUGUAUUUUCAAAGACCUGGAGUUUUCUGAAAAAGUCAAAGGGCAUCGUUCACGCUUCGGAUAAAAUAAACGCGUAGGAUUUAGUCAUAGAGUUGUUUGUUUAUUGCCGUCUUUGUAGUUCAAUUUUUGGGGUUCGAUCGACACUGAGAGAAACUUAUAAAUAUAUUACUUUCCCGCAGUUUAGUUAAUGCGCAUAUAUACAUGUACAUAUAAAACACUUUUUGUUUUCAAUCUCAUGUGAUUUGUGAAUCUAACGAGAUGUACAUUUCAAAAUAAAUUAAAAAUCGACCGCAA